AUGGCAGGUGACCCCUCAAAAUGUAACCAGAAUCUGUAUUGCGCGUACCACCAAGAGCCGGGUCACAUCACCGAUGAUUGUAGGAAUCUGAAAAACCACUUGGACCGGCUAGUCCGAGAGGGGAAGUUGAGACAUCUAUUACAUCACCCUGUGGGAUGGCAGGAACAAUCAAACAUCGAAACCAGGCAAAGCGCAUUGAGGCCGCCCAUUGGCACAAUAAAUGUCAUUCUCGCCGCACCUGGAAGGACCGGAUCCAAUCCUCUCAAAGUAAUGUCAGUGGGCAGGCUCCCGCCUGAAGCCGAUGAUAGGGAAUCUAAAAGGGCUAGAGCGAGUCCCACGCCAUUAAUCGGAUUCUCGGAUGAGGACAAACUGGGAACCCUUCAACCCCAGGACGACGCCCUAGUCGUCACGCUCAGAAUUGGGGGUUAUGACGUGAAGAGGGUGCUAGUUGACCAAGGCAGCGCCGUGGAAAUAAUGUAUCCUGACUUGUAA